UUAACCAACUCCUACAUUCACGUACGUGUACGGAAUCAUAUAUAUUGGUCAGAUACGCUGACUUUGAUCUUGAACUCGUAGCAAGACACACUCUUGACAUGUCUGUGAGGUUUCUUGUUUACAUCAUUUGUCUGGGUUUUCUGAGUUUAUCUGGCCCUGUGUCCAUUGUGAGAGUAGAGGGACACAAAACAGCCGCAGAGACCAUCAGUACUAUCAACCAACAACAGGAGUGGAAGAGCGACACUGUCAGAGUCUUCGAUGGGGAUAUACUUAUGCCAAGGCCUAUCUCAUCCGCUGGUUCCAAGGGCCUCUCGGCCGCCUCACGACCUCAGUGGAAACUAUGGCCUGGGGCGAUUAUUCCUUACAAGAUAGACCCCAGCAUCAGCAAAAGAUCAAGGCACGUGAGAAUUAUCAAGGCUGCGAUGAGGGAGUGGGAACGAGUCACGUGCGUUAGAUUUGUAGACAAAACAAGGGAGCCAAUCAGGGAAUACGUGCACAUCCACUAUGGCGUCGGCUGUCGUGGUAGCGUUGGUCGAUGGCCAAAUACACGGUCCUUGCUCACACUCGGCAAGUGGUGUGACAACUUUAAAGUUGUGUUACAUGAACUUGGUCACACAAUCGGCUUUUGGCAUGAGCAGAACAGGCCAGACCGGGAAAAGUAUGUAAAGGUCAUGUUGGAGAAUGUCAUACCAAAGUGGCGGUUUGCGUACUCUCGGUACAGUCGCAGAUUGAUUGAUAGCCUUGAAGUCCCGUAUGACUAUUACUCAAUCAUGCACUAUAGCAAUAAGAUGUACGCACUGCCCGGCAAGAUCACGAUAAUACCACGUGACCCGUCAAUCAAGUCGCUAGGCAACACGGGGCUCAGCGCUCUGGACAUCAAACAAACCAACAUGCUCUACAAGUGCGCCGACAAAAACAAAGAGCAUCCGAAUUUCCCAGACGAUUUCUUCUUUACACCAAGUGACGAGUCUUCGCUUCCAAAUUGUGUUGCGCUCAUCGAACCCCAUGACCCCACAUGGGCAACGAUCAGCAUGUGUUACAAGGAGGAGAAGCGUCCAGUUAACAUCACGUGGUCCCAUACCGGUCACGUGACCAACAUGACCUGCACACACAUCAACAUGCCGGACCGAAACCUGCACGCUGUCUUCUGGCAGGACAACUACUUAUGCGUAUCACGUGAUAGCGUCCUGACAUUUCAUUGGUCCGUGUCAAGGCCUAUAGCAAGGAAGAACUGUACCGCUAUACGGAAAAACAGAGGGAGCCCACAGUUCUAUUAUCUUUGUGCCACGAGAGUACAAGAGCGAACCAAAAACAGAAAACAGAGUUAUUUCUUCGAAUGGAGCCCUUGGACGCCUUGUACUAAGGACUGUGGGGGUGGGUCACAGGCUAGAAUGCGCUCAUGCAAACGAGGUCAACAAUGCGUAGGUCCGACCCGUGAAUUAAGAAUCUGCAACAUGCACAGAUGUUUAGACUGGCCCUCAUGGCCGGUGGGAUUCUCAUGGCAAGUUGGCCCAUCAACUCCUGGCCAAUCAUGUGUGAGGAUCUAUGAACGUUCCCAGUAUUCCGAUUGGCUCAACCACAUGAUGUGCUGGGGCCUAGGACGAAACCGAUUGCUGACAAUGCGGUGGUCGGACAGCGGUCCCAUAAUGGGCUUGCGAUGUACCCAAAUACUUGAGCCCAAGGAGGGUGACGGUGGAUGGCUUGACAAUUAUUUUUGUGUGGAAAACGAUGCACCUUAUAAUUUUGAAUGGUCCUCCAGAGGCCCAAUUGCCGGCUUGGGUUGUGUCCAGUGGAAUGCGAAAAAAGGGAAAAAUGGCUGGAAUGAUAAUUAUCUUUGCGCUCAGAGAUAUCCUCAACCAUCAGGUUGUCCUGAGGAUUGGCAAGUCCACAAAGUCACCAACAUCAAUCACUGUUAUAAACUCGUGGAGACAACAAUGUCAUGGAGCGAUGCAGAGGAAGCGUGUAAACGCAGCUUUAACUCCAGUCUGUUAAGCUUGGCCAGCCAAAGCGAGCUAGACUACGUUCGAAACGCGGUGCAAGAUGGGAAUAGUGUGUGGAUAGGUUUUAAUGACAAAGGCCGCGAGGGUCGAUGGGAAUGGACCGAUAGAUCACCGGUAACUUUCAAGAACUGGUCUCCAAAUGAGCCAAACAACGGCGGUUUCCGAGAAAACGAGGACUGUGCGGUGAUGCGGUGGGAUGACAGCAGAUGGACGGACUUCCCGUGCUCCGUGCCCUUUAAAUUCAUCUGCAAGAAAUCCGUGGUGCCUCCGUCAGCAUGACGUAAUCAUGACGUCAUCAUGACGUCACAAGGUCAUGUCAUUAUUUCCGGAUCCUAAUAAUCUCAUGGGCGUUUAUCAAACAUUAGACAGGAAUCGCCUUGGAGGGGAGAGGGUGGGGGGGGGGUAUUCAGGGAUUGGUAUAUGCUUAUAUGUGAUAUACACAUGUACUAUCUUUUGUAUACUGUGACUGUGAAUAAAGGACAGGCAACAACUCCUA